UGGGAGGGUCUUGCUCGUACCAGUUUGGCCGCUUCCUCCUGCUCACACUCUGAUUACAGCUGCUUGAAGGGACGGGCGACAGCGGGAGGGAACACGGAGGACUUUGGUAUCUGAAAGCACAUAGUGGGAAAGAUGGCAGCCAUACGAAAGAAGUUGGUGAUAGUAGGGGAUGGUGCCUGCGGGAAGACAUGUCUGCUCAUCGUCUUCAGUAAGGAUCAGUUCCCAGAGGUCUACGUCCCCACUGUGUUUGAGAACUACAUCGCUGACAUUGAAGUGGAUGGCAAACAGGUGGAACUAGCGUUGUGGGAUACAGCAGGUCAAGAAGACUACGACAGACUGAGGCCUCUGUCUUACCCCGACACAGAUGUCAUCCUCAUGUGUUUCUCCAUAGAUAGCCCAGACAGUUUAGAGAACAUUCCUGAGAAAUGGACGCCUGAAGUGAAACACUUUUGUCCCAACGUCCCGAUCAUUCUCGUGGGUAAUAAGAAAGACCUGAGAAAUGAUGAGCACACACGCAGAGAGCUGGCCAAAAUGAAACAGGAGCCGGUUAAGUCUGAGGAGGGCAGAGACAUGGCCAACCGCAUCAGUGCCUUUGGCUACCUAGAGUGCUCCGCCAAGACCAAGGAUGGUGUGCGGGAAGUGUUUGAGAUGGCUACCAGAGCGGCACUGCAGGUCCGCAAACGCAAGAAGAGGGGUGGUUGCCAGCUACUGUGAGGGGGGCAGAGUUUCCGGGCCAAUCAGCUCCUGAGGGUAGACUCCCCCUCUCACACACAGAGCAUCUUAGAAAAACCUUAAAAUCAAUGGCUUCCGUGGACUAUACUUACUUCACAGAUGCAGAUACGCCACAGGAGAAUAUGACAGACUGACACGCCUGUUUUAAAAGCAAACAAAUCAGUCUUUUUUUGAAAAACUUUAAUUUCCUCUACUACUACUACUACUACACUGUUUAGUUUCUUAGUUUUUCUGUACCAGCACACCAGCCUGUAUGUGUGAAGGACCUGCCCCCUUCUCCAUUAUGAAUGUAUGUUUGUAUUUAUAUGUGCAUAUUUACAAAUAUAUCAUGCGUCUGCCUCUUUGUUGUGAUGGUUUACAGAAAAGGGGUUCUAAGCGUACAUGCUCUCUGCUCACUGUCUUUGCUCACAGCCUCAAUUUUUUUUCUAUAUGUUUUUGGUUUUGCAUUAACAGUUUGGAACAUUGCUUUUUCCCGCUAAUAUCACCUCGUCUCCUUCAUUCAUAAUCAAUCUACUUUUGUACCAUUAUAAAUUUAAACCCUUUAAGUCAUAUGCCCUACAUGCUCAGUCAGCAGAGCUCCGUCUUCCCCUUGUUUUUUCUGACAAAGAACCAAAUUUGUACCCUCUUUUUCUCUGCGUGACUCCCCCUGAAUUAUACCUACAUAAACUGAUGUAGCACACACUACUUGUAAGGAGAGCUUUGGACUGCACCUCUGCCUCUCCCUUGGCGAUGGCUUAAACUGGCACUGGGGACAGAGGUCUAUUGUCACAAAGAAUUCUGUCACACUCACACUGAAUCUGACAGACUCGCCUCUUAGCAAGACGUAACCAUCAGCCUCCUGUCUGAACUCGGCGCGGCUGGUUCACAUCCAGUAUGUAGCCACAAUGUGUCACUAUGUACUUGGUUUUCUGAGGAAAUGUGUACAAUGUGCACAAAAUGUAACCGAUGCCCACUGUGUGCAGCCAUGUUCACUUUCAGCCCAAAAGUCAACUGACAUCUUUCCUGACUGCUCAGUUGUCUUAACCGAUGUGCCAUCUCUUUAGUCGUCUCUCCAGGUCGUAAGUGCUCAUUCCUCGUUGAAAUCAGGGCUUUAACGUUGUAUUAGACCGUAACUUGGCACACUAAGGACAUUCCUUGAAAUGUGUUUGGAAAGCUUGAAUGCCGGAGUGUGGUAACUUGGACUAAAGUUUGUCUUCAUUGGCUAAAUAUAUGACAUAUCGGACCUGACAGAAUUCAUCAAGUACACAGAACAUACAUUUAUCUUAAACAUCUGUAUUGAGCUUUAAAAUGAAACAGUAACUUUGAACAUUUUUCACCAAUCUCCCACUUUGGUUAAUGAUCACAGGAGUUCUGAACUAAAAGUGACUACAGAAAUUGGAGAAAACAAAACCUGAGUGCAGACUUCGUUUGUGGCCAAAACUAGUUUCAUUUCCUCCGGUUGAGUAUUCUCAUUACUCAGCGACAGAAUCAUCAAACUAAUUUUCUUCCAGGCAGCACUUGAUGCAGUCAGUGUGUACAUCUGUUCAUACACAAAACAGGUCAUGUGAUGUGAGAGCCCUGAAUAAACAUUAUCAAAGUGGAUCUAAUGGUCCCUGCAUUGAUCUUACCAUCAUAAGCUACAUCUGAGGUGAUCUUCCCUUUUUUUUUAGAUCAAUAGAGAUCUGAAAGUUGUCGGCUUGGGCUAAUUCCUGGACAGUGCCUCUUUGUAAUGUUGAAACACUAGUUCAAGAGAAAAUGUUGAUUGUUAUGACACUUUUCAAACAGGGUGGGGUGUGUUGAAUGUCUGAAUGAGACAAACAUGUUAAUAAAGUAUUUUUGAAAUACUA